CCUUUUAAAAAAACUAAUAAUUAAUUUUUAAAAAUUUAAAAACACCCUCCUAUUUUAAGUAGUAGACUCUGAGACAUAUUUAUUACCUUCUCAACAACAACUAGCCCCACCAAACACCCCCUUAUUUUCCCCCCAUAAACCUUCUUCUUCUAAAUCUCACUACAUUACCCAAAACCUCUUCCUUUUUCUCCCACCAUUUCUUCCUUUGCUCCCUUGACCCAAACCCAUUCCAAACCCGACCAAAACCCGACCCAUUCUCUCAAUGGCUAUGGACUUCAUAAGUGGGCCCACCUCCGCAACAACCACCGUGACUCCUCGCACCUCCGACUCCGACACCGAUACUCCUCCGCACCCUCCGCCUGCUAAGAGGGCCCACCACCACCACCACCAUAGCUACAACAUCCACCACGACAACAUCAACAACAACAACAACGAAAACGUGCAACAGCAACAACAACAGCACGUGUCAUACAAGGAGUGCUUGAAGAACCACGCGGCGAGCAUAGGAGGUCACGCCCUAGACGGGUGCUGCGAGUUCAUGCCGGGACCCACCGCUAACGCUGUGGACCCCACUUCACUCACUUGCGCAGCGUGUGGCUGUCAUCGCAACUUCCACCGCCGUGACCCUGACGACCCAACACCCCUCCACCACCUCAUCCCGCCUUCUUCGGCGGUGCGUAGGCCUCACUCGCCUCCCUCUGCGUCUCAGCUUCUCCUCUCCUUAAGCGGCCACACUCACAGCCCUUCGGAUCACGAAAUGGUGCAUAAUUCAACCGCAUCCGCUGGAGUAGGGGUUGUGACAGGAUUUUACUCUGACAAUGGCGGUAGCGGUGGUGGAGGGCAGAAUGGUAAUUUCCAGAGCAAGAAGCGGUUUCGGACAAAAUUCAGCCAAGAGCAAAAGGAGAAAAUGUAUGAAUUCUCGGAGAAAAUAGGGUGGAGAUUGAAAAAAGGGGAAGAAAGAUUAGUACAAGAGUUUUGUAAAGAAGUGGGUGUUGAUAGAAGUGUUUUUAAAGUUUGGAUGCAUAACAACAAACAUUCCGGCUCCGCUUCGGGUGCUACUGCUGGUGUUGGUGGUGCUGCUGGUAUUGUUUCGGCUUCGGCUUUAGCUUUACCUUCUUCAUCUUCGGCCUCGCCGCAGCGGAGAGACAAAUCUGGUAUAACCAUUGCUGAAACUACUGUCACUUCUAGUAGUAAUGGGAAUCAUGGAAAUGCUAAUAUUAGUAGUAACAACAACAAUAAUACUAAUAAUAAUAGUAAUGUGGGAUUGAAUUGUGGGGGAGUUCUUGGUUCGUCUCUUGAGUUUAAUUUUGCUAAUUGUGGUGGUCAAGAAGCGAAAGCGCAAUGAUUAAUUUUUAAUUAAUUUCUCAGCUAAUUUUAAUUUGCUCAUUAUUAUUUUUGACUAAUGUUGUUUUAGUUAUGCACUACUAUUUGUUAGUUAAUUAAUUAUCAUUAAAGUUAAUACUAACCAAAGUUUUUGGUUCCAUGUUUAGAGAUAUGAUGAUAGAGAGGUUGAAACUCUGAUGAAUAAUGUAAAAAGAUCUUGUUUUUUUUUUUUUUUUUUUUUAAUGUUUUAAUAUUUGAAUCGUAUGACUCAUGAGUUGAAGAUUUUUGAAUGUAGUCAUUAUUGUUAUUGAUUCGACGUGGUUACGUGAUGAUGAAAACAUGGGUUUAACUUCGAUAUGAAUAAUGCCUAUGAGUUUAGUUGUUA